GAAAUCGGUCCCCGCUUCUAUAAAAUAUAUGGUUCAAAAGCUCUUAAUUCUGGACGGAGGAAUUAGCGGUGGUGAGCGCGCAUCUCGGACGGAGAAAACAGGGAUCUUUGUAUCUUCUCAGAAGGAUAGUCAACAGAAGGAAAAAAAAGCAACCAUGCCGUUCGGAAACACCCACAACCAGCUGAAGAUGAAGUACACCUCGGAGCAGGAGUACCCGGACCUCAGCAAGCAUAAUAAUCACAUGGCCAAAAUCUUGACCCCCGCGAUGUAUGAGCGCCUGCGUGACAAGCAAACGCCCAGCGGCUUCACGCUGGAUGAUAUCAUCCAAACCGGGGUCGAUAACCCAGGCCACCCCUUCAUUAUGACGGUUGGGUGUGUGGCAGGCGACGAGGAAAGUUAUGAAGUAUUUAAGGAGCUACUGGACCCCAUCAUUCAGGACAGACAUGGGGGGUACAAGCCUACAGAUAAACACAAGACUGACUUGAACCCAGAAAACCUGAAGGGAGGGGACGAUCUGGAUCCCAACUAUGUCCUGAGCUCCCGAGUGCGAACUGGCCGUAGCGUCCGUGGAUUCUGUCUGCCCCCCCACUGCAGUCGUGGAGAGAGACGUGCUGUGGAGAAGCUAUCUAUUGACGCACUAAGUUCUUUGCAGGGUGACCUGAAAGGAAAAUACUUUGCACUGAAGAACAUGACUGAGGAAGAGCAGCAGCAGCUAAUUGAUGACCAUUUCCUGUUUGACAAGCCAGUCUCUCCCUUGCUGCUGGCCUCUGGCAUGGCCCGGGAUUGGCCUGAUGCCAGAGGGAUUUGGCACAAUGACAAGAAGACCUUCCUGGUCUGGGUGAAUGAGGAGGACCACCUGCGGGUGAUCUCCAUGCAGAAAGGUGGCAAUAUGAGGGAGGUCUUCAACCGGUUUUGCACUGGCCUCACCAAGAUCGAAGCCUUGUUCAAACAGAAGGGCCAUGAAUUCAUGUGGAAUCAACACUUGGGCUACGUCCUGACCUGCCCCUCUAACCUGGGCACUGGCUUGCGUGGGGGUGUUCAUGUCAAGCUGCCCAACCUCAGCAAGCACGACAAGUUUGGCGAGAUCCUUAAGAGACUACGGCUUCAGAAACGUGGCACAGGUGGUGUAGACACGGCAGCUGUGGGUGGAGUUUUUGACAUUUCCAAUGCUGACCGACUUGGCUUCUCUGAAGUGGAGCUGGUGCAGAUGGUAGUCGAUGGUGUCAAGCUACUGGUGGAGAUGGAGAAGCGGCUAGAGAAGGGCCAGUCAAUCAAUGACCUCAUGCCAGCCCAGAAGUAAACAUUGCCUACAUAAGUCUCCACCCUAAAGUCCCCUGAAAAACAUUAGGAAUACACCAACUAAAUGUUACUGCUACAAUAUUAGACUGGUUUAUCAUGUAUGAUCAUGUAUGUAGGUCUGUUCUUUGGAAAUGCUCAAAUGGCCUACAACCUGAAAAUAAAUUAAUUUGCACUCUGA